GUCCGAAGAUGGAGAUGGUUGCUCCACAUGCAAGUGUGAUUGUACCUAAAGUUCUUAGAAGUAAUAACUACAAAAGGUGGAGCAUUUUCAUGCGGCACUAUUUAGUGGGUCAAGAUCUUUGGGACGUUGUUCAAUUAAGCCAGUUGCCUGCUGGAGGAAAUAUGAGGGAGUGGAUUAAAAAAAGUGCGUUAGCUGUGCAUGCCAUUAAGAUUUCAUGUGGAGAAGAAAUGUUCGAUAAAAUAAAGGACAUGGAUUCUGCUAAAGAAGUUUGGGAUGCAUUGGCUAAUAUGCACAAACCCCCAGUUGUCUCUCAGGAAAUUGCUGAGCACCCCCUACAAAGGCGAACAGGUUUUAUUCUAUUCCAUUCUAUCUGUUUUAGUUUCUUUUAUUCUCUUUCCUUUUUCUGCAUCCGUUAUUGGAGACACUGCUGCACUUUUACGACACAAACAUCUGGAAAUAUUGGAGGGUCUGAAUAUGAGACGUCUGAAUCUGAGACGUCUGAAUAUGAGACAUUAAUUAAUGCCAUUUCCAAUGGGAAUUUUGGGGAAGUAAGGGAUAUCAUUGGAAGGGACCGUAAUAAUUUGCUUGCCAAGCCAGACGAAGAUGGAAAGAUCCCAGUUCAAUUGGCCUACAGCACAAUUUAUGAGGAGAUGGCACGCUACCUGUACGUUGCGACUCCACCAGAGUCUCGAAAUGGAGACUCUGGUUUCUACAUCCUCCAAGAGUGUAUAAUUAGGAAAAUUUUUGAUAUUGCAUUCGAUAUACUCCACCAUCAUCCAGAGUUGGCAUCUUACAGCUGCUCUUCGAAUUCCAUUCCACUCAUUUCAACGUUGGCCCAUAUACCACCCCCACUCUUGAAAGGAAGUAAUCUUUUAUUUUGGGAACGAUGGAUAUAUGAUUGUCAGUAUUGCUUCUCUUCCUCUCCUCGAUUUUUAAAUUUAUAAUUUUUAUAAUAUAUUUAAUAAUUAUUUGGCUAAAAACAAAUUUAAUCUUAGAUUCCUCACAGCUCUCAUUACCCUGUUUGGGUUUUUUCUUUGCUUUUUGAGUUUGUUCUUGAUUGAUAUAGUCUAAUAAAUGCUCUCUUUAUCGAUUGAAAUUGAAAUUCAAGGCAUAAGAGUGAAGGCAUACCCCAUCACAGGUGAGCAUCGAUCAUGCGUGCAGAAGAUCGAAGACUUUUAUCAGUCAUGUAAAAUGAAAAUCAGAGACUUAUUUCAGUCAUGUGGAGGGUUGAGUACGCAGAUAGCCGCCGUCUGCUGGCAACAGUGCACUGCCCUGGCUGCCCCCGC